GUCAAGUGCGAGCGUCGAAGUCAUUGCUCUGCGCGCGCACCGCAUAGUUGCGCCGGCGCCGCGUCGCUAUUAGUGCACGGAGUACCACGGAGAACGGUACAAGAUGCGGGCUCAAAUAUUUUUCUGUUUCUUAUUCUGGGCGUCCGCCCAAGCCUUAGAUAGUGCAGAUAACAAAUUCAUGAAGGAUUAUGCUAUGCUAAAGAUCUAUGAAAGCUGCUUCGGCACUCAGCUUUUAAAACAAAUAACCAAAGAACUAAAAGACGCAUACGCAAAAUGUUCAACAGCGCCACCUAUGAAGGAGCCUCUGAACUCACACAUACCACCGUUGUUCUUAAGUAAGCUGCCGCCUGGGUUCUCUAUGGACCCGAACUCGCAAACCAUUACAAAACCGCUAGAUGGCGCUAUACACAAUAAAGAUGACGAAGGAAAUAUUCAAGAUCAAGGACCUACACCACAAAAACAAACAAUGGGCGGUGUAUUGACUUUCCGACCACAUGGGGGUCCAUUCCCGCAACCUCAGUCAGCGAUUCCACCCUACGUUGUACCAACACAGUUCCGUCCAUAUAGCGCCAACCCUUACUAUCAGAUGCCGUACAAUGCGCCUGUGUUCUACCCUCCGAACUUGCCCUACAACCCUUAUUUUGCACAACAACAGUACCAGCAACCCUUCUUUCAACAACAACAACCCUUCUUUGGGAAUAGUCGGAUGUCGCGCCACCUCGGUCUCCGCGCCCGCCUCGGUAUGAGCGCCCGUGCACAAGCCAGCCAAAACGUAACCUGUGUGAUGCAAGAACUGGGCUACAUCGACAGCAAUAUGGAGCCCAACUACGAACAGAUCACACAGAGGAUCAGCAACCUGCCCGUCUCCGGUGAGCUGAAGAACGACAUACAAGAGGGACUGCAGUUCUGUCAGAAGUUUUCGCAAUGUGUGCCAGAAGACAAGCGUGACAUAGUCCCACGUCCCCAGGAGCAAAUCAGAGCCAUCUUCUUCUUCCGUUGCUACAAGCACAAGAAGCUGGAGGCGUGCAUCAUGAAGGACAUCAAUGAGCAUUUCAACAAGGAGUACAUGUUCGACUCUGACACUGAUUUUGCCCUCUCCCGAUCAGCUCGCUCAAUCCGCGACGUUCCUCUUCGUGACCCAAGCAUCGAAGCUUUAGAGGAAAUGGAGGUAUACCUGUACGACUACCUCAGUGGAGGUGGCGGGUUCGAUUUCGACCUGUACAUUUAAACUGAGCCUUUAGUACGUAGAUCUAGUUCAGUCAUUCUUUAGUUCUUAUGUGACGUCAUAACUGUGUAAGGUUUAAUGAUAAGUAAUUUUUAAAGUUUAACUUUUAAGUUUCUUUUUAAAAUUUUAGUUUUGUAGCUGUUUUUUUUUAUCUGUGGAGAUAGUGGCUCAACAUGUUUGUUACAAAUAUGCAAGGCCUAUAGGCAUAGGUGACAUAUUCUAUGUAAUAAAAAUCGAAAAAUAAUACUCUUUAUAAUAGUAGAUAAUAAUUAUGAUAUGCUACUAAUCUAUUCUACGAAUACUCAAUACCUCUCUACGAAUUUUGAAUUUUAAUUUCAAGUUUUUUGAACUCUAAAAUAAAUUAAUUGAGGUAUACGAAUACUUAUAAAUUAGAAUUAAUUUGAAAAUAAUUCAGCUAAAGGUACUAAUAAGAAUGAAGAAUUUUGGUGCUCAAUAAUACUCAUAAAUUAA